ACCUGCGCGUUGGACAAACCGCGGAUUUAAUGUCCCCACCAUUUAAUAUACUGAUUCGCAAAGCGAUGUCGUUGUUAUCAGGCGCGGAUCUAGACUCAAGCUGCAACCGAAAGCAGAUAUGUCAUGCUUGCACGAUUCUUCGUCAUAGACUCCAAGCUACUUGACUGAACUAUGACCUGAUCAAUCAAGAUACGUAUCGCAAUCUCCAUCCGGCAAGCUUGAUCUCCGCCAUGCCUCGAGACGCAGAUUUCUCGAGCCCACGAGACCUCCUGGUCGACGAUGACUUCUGCUUGAUUCUGGCCACAUUUCGCACGCAGGCCGGAGUCAUCCAGGCGACGGAGAACCUACCAAGUGACGAUGAUUCCCUUCAGCAGUACGCCGGCUUCUCGGACAAUAGCUAUCAGAUU